UCAGAAGGAAAAGAAGAGUGAAAAUCGAUGUGUAAUCAGAAGAGAGGUUGUCAGGUGCAGUCCGCCAAACGUUUCAUCAGACCAACAGACUCGAUCUGACAUCCAACAGACCUGCAAUUUUCCAGAAAUUAAUUCAUCAGCGGUAGAACUAUCGUCUGAAGAUGAAGAUCACAAGUACCAUGCUCGUUUGUGUUGUUUUGAUGAUGGCGAAACUUUGUGCAGUCGGCGAUGCUCAGGCAGCGGGAUGUUCUCAACUUCCACAACGGUGCUCGUACAUUCAGGAAAUCGAGUGUGACGGCACAACUCACUCGUUCUCCGGCAGCUAUCAUCCCACGGAUGCGGAUCUGACAUCGCUGCGAUACUCCAUCACUUCCUAUGGCAAUAGGAACAUCGUUGUAUCCACUUGCAACACCGCCGACUUCGACACACAACUGGCUCUUUUUGAGUGUUCUGCGUUAGUUCAAGUUGAAUCAGCUUGGAAUGGGACAUGCGGCAAAUACAUCCGGGACAGUCUGUACCACAAUGACGACGCCACCGGGUGCGACAUGACCUCUAAACUCAUGAUCCGUCCAAUCCAGAUAGAAAGUGGGACGUACAUAAUAGGUGUGGGCGCUUAUAGUGUUGGCGGGGACUUUAACGUCACCAUCUCUUGUUAGAGAUGCCAUGGCCCAGCGUAAUAAAACUGAGAGUGACUUGCUCGAGACCAGCAAAGUUGCUUAAGACUCCAGUUUUAUGGCCAGAUUUAUUCCAGAACAUAUUAAGCUCAUAAGCCAACACAGUCACAGAUUUAUUAACUGCAA